GUUCUAGUAUUUUUUACGACCCAACACAUACUUUGCAUAGAAAGCAAGCUCCUUUCGUCUUCCUUCUUCUCUCUCCCAAAGCAAAGUUUGGGUUUUGAGCAUAGGAGAUGGUGCACCAUCAUCGUUACGCUUAUCAGUUGAAAAAGGAUGGAGAUGAAGAGGAAGGGACACUUGUUCUCGUUUGGACAAACCCUGGUUACUACAAGAGGAGGAGGACCAAGCUCUUCUCUUUCCUUUUGCUCUCUCUUCUCUCUUGUACCUUCAUUUUGGCUCCUCACCUCUUUUCAUUUUCUACUCCCUUUUCUCAUCUAUAUUCUUUUGGUGUACAGAAUGAAGGCCUUGCUGGGAAUUUGGAUGUAAAUGCUCCUAUUUGUUCUUCAAUCUCUAAUGGUACAAUUUGCUGUGACCGAAGCCAUUUUCGAUCCGAUGUUUGUUUCAUGAAGGGUGACAUAAGAACACAUUCUCCCACCUCCUCCGUUUACCUUUACUCAUCGAGAGCCGAUGCCGACGAAGGGGAAGACGAUGAACUCCAACACGAGAAGAUCAAACCCUAUACCCGAAAAUGGGAAACGAGUGUGAUGGACACCAUCGACGAAUUGGACCUUAUCUCAAAGAGACGAAAUUCGGGUGUUCGCCAUCGCUGCGAUGUGAUUCACGAUGUCCCGGCGGUUAUCUUCUCGACCGGAGGCUAUACCGGCAACGUUUAUCACGAGUUCAACGAUGGGAUCAUCCCUUUGUACAUAACUUCACAGCAAUUCAACAGGAAGGUCGUGUUUGUGAUCCUUGAAUAUCAUAAUUGGUGGGUCAUGAAGUACGGCGACAUACUUUCACAUCUCUCCAAUUAUGCACCAAUCGAUUUCAACCGAGACAAUCGAACCCAUUGCUUCACCGAGGCGAUAACCGGUCUGAGGAUCCAUGACGAACUCACCGUGGACCCUUCUCUGAUGAAGAAAAACAAGAGCAUAGUCGAUUUCCGACACCUUCUCGAUCGAGCAUACCGGCCUAGAAUCGAAGGUUUGACACAUGGUGGUGUUGAGGAUGCACAAGAGAAGAUGCAACCAAAGUUGGUCAUACUGUCACGAAACGGUUCAAGAGCCAUAACCAACGAGAAAGCUCUGGUGAAAACAGCGGAAGAAAUCGGGUUUCUGGUUCGGGUCCUGAGACCCCAACCGACGACGGAAUUAGCCAAGAUCUACAAGGAACUCAACUUGAGCGAUGCCAUGAUCGGUGUCCACGGUGCAGCCAUGACUCAUCUGUUGUUCAUGAGACCUGACUGCUCGGUUUUCAUUCAAGUGAUCCCACUCGGAACGGAUUGGGCGGCCGAGACGUACUACGGGGAGCCAGCAAAGAAGCUGGGUCUGAAGUACAUAGGGUACAAGAUCAUCCCGAAAGAGAGCUCAUUGUCCGACGAAUACGACGAAGACGACCCCGUUCUGAAAGACCCUUCGAGUUUGAAUCGAAAGGGAUGGGAAUACACCAAGAAGAUCUACCUCGAGCGUCAAACCGUGAAGUUGGACAUGCAGAGAUUCCGGAAGCGGCUUGUUCGUGCUUAUGAUCAUAUAAUCAGCCGGAAAACUCAGCUCCGGUCGCACUCAAUUCGGCAAUUGAGAUUUGAUUAUAUUACUUAAUUCUUUAAACUUGAUUUCAUGUAUAAAAUAAGCUUUUGUACAGCUUGUCACAUUUGUUGAAUAAAUUUUGCGAUUCAUAUU